GGGUGUCGUUGGCUGAUGGUCCCAACCCUUGCCUUCCUGCUGCAGAUCGUGCUCUCCUCCCUCAAGCAUGGCCUCUUUGGUGGGCAGUGGCUGCAGAGGGUCCGCUAUGUCCGCUGGGAGGGUGUCUUCCGCUGCAUCCCCAUCUUCGGCAUGUCCUUUGCCUGCCAGUCCCAGGUCCUGCCCACCUAUGACAGCCUGGAUGAGCCAUCGGUGAAAACCAUGAGCUCCAUUUUUGCCUCCUCCCUCAACGUGGUCACCACCUUCUACGUCCUGGUGGGGUUCUUUGGCUACGUGAGCUUCACGGAGGCCAUUGUGGGCAAUGUGCUGAUGCACUUCCCCUCCAGCCUGGUGACCGAGAUGAUCCGCGUGGGCUUCAUGAUGUCGGUGGCCGUGGGCUUCCCCAUGAUGAUCCUGCCCUGCCGGCAGGCCUUGAACACACUGCUUUUCGAACAGCAGCAGAAAGAUGGGACCUUUGCGGCUGGAGGCUACAUGCCCCCUCUGCGGUUCAAAGUGCUCACCCUCUCGGUUGUGUUUGGAACAAUGGUCGGAGGAAUCAUGAUCCCAAACGUGGAGACGGUCCUGGGCCUCACGGGCGCCACAAUGGGGAGCCUCAUCUGCUUCAUCUGCCCGGCGCUGAUUCACAAAAAGAUACACAAGAAUGCGCUCUCCUCCCAGGUGGUGCUCUGGGUCGGCCUGGGCAUCCUGGUGGUCAGCACACAUACUACCCUGUCUGUGAAUGAGGAGAUCCCAGUGGACUUGGCAAAGGAAGUUCCGGGUGGCCAGCUUGGAGAAGCCGACAGUGCAGUGAAGGCAGAGGCAGCCCGGCUGCCAGGCCAGAAUCCAAUUGUGGACGUGGCAGAGGAUGGCCGAGAUAAGCCGAAACUGCCAAAUGAGAAAGAUGAGAUGGAGCAGGCCCAGAUCAAGGGCCCCGUGAACGUGCCCCAGAGGGAAGCCGCCAAGGAGAAGCAGGAGGAGGCGCAGGAGGAGGCGCAGCUGGACCGCCCUGGCCAAGGCAUUGCCGUACCCAUGGGUGAGGCCCACCGCCAUGAACCCCCUAUCCCUCAUGACAAGGUGGUAGUGGACGAAGGUCAAGACCGAGAAGGACUGGAGGAGAAUGAACAUCUGUCCAAACAUGAGAAUGAAAAGUCUCCAGAAGGCAAGGAACAGAUGGUGCCACCUCUGCCAGAUUCAGAAAGAGAGAGACGUGGACAGGACCAGGCCUUGGGGGCUGAGGCUGGUCUUCCUGAAGAUCCGCAGAAGGUUCCAGAAGAAAAUGGUCAGCCAGCCAUAGAGCCUGUGAAGGAGGACCUGGGGCCAGGCAACAGGGGUCUGCAUCCAGGGCCCCAGGCAGCGCUCCCUGAGAGGCAGGACACCCUGGCGGUGGGUGCAGGGGAGAGAGGAGCUGGGGCCCUGCCGCUGGGCCCUGCCGGCGGAGCCGUGGAGAAGCUGGAGGAGAGGGGUGGGAAGGCCCCCCUCCCAGUGAGGCCGUUCGCUGGGGCUGGGCAGGCGGAGCCCCGAGAGCAGAGGCAUGUGGAGGCACAGGGCGGGGGCCACCCUGGCAGCAGGCUGGAAGCCGGCCGGGUGGAGAUGCUGGACCACGCCGUCCUGCUGCAGGUGAUCAAGGAGCAGCAGGCGCAGCAGAAGCGGCUGCUGGACCAGCAGGAGAAGCUGCUGGCGGUGAUCGAAGAGCAGCACAAGGAGAUCCACCAGCAGAGGCAGGACGGCGAGGAGGUGGACGUGCAGCCUGAGCCCGGGGUGGCCGCACCCCAAGGGAAGGAGCAGGAAGCCCAGGACAGAGGGACGGUGGGGCGUCCUCCCCCGCGGCCUUUGGAACCUGUACUCAGAGCUCCUGGGCGAGCCCCAGCUCUGCCCCAGGGGCAUGGCCAGCACUCCAUGGAGGAUGCCGAGGUGACCGCAGGCAGAGCCCCUGCCAGUCCGCCCAGUGGUGCAGACGUGAAGCCCCGGGCAGCUCUGACUGAGCCGAGGGAAGGCCAGAAGGGCGCUGUGCCCAAGAUGGCCAGCUUUGGGGUGCAGGAACGGGUCCCUGUGCCAGACCCUGCUGGGGCACCUGGGGGCCCAGAGGAGCUCAUUGCUGGGGAGUUCCCUGGGCAGAGUCAGGAUGCUGUGGACGGGGGCUCCCGUGCAAGGAAGAAAUCUGGGAAGGAGGCAGUGGCUGUGGGUGCCGGUGUGCAGGAGGCAGACGUGCUGGGGGUGGGAGCAGAGAUAGGGGACCCUCACGUGAAACCCCAGCAAGGGAGCCAAGACCUGGCUCCUGCAGGCCUCGCCAGCAGGUCGGGGGGAGCAGCGCCUCAGGCCCAGGCUGUGUUACAUCAGCCGGAACCCCAGACCAUCUCUGCCAGGGGUCUGGGUGGGCAGCAGCGUGGGCAGCCAGCGGUGAGGAGGCAGGCCCUUGGCAGAGGCCACGGGCCCACUCCUGGGGAGGAUGUCGCCCUCCAGGAGCCUGAGCACAGGCAGGACUCUGAUCUCGGGCCCAAACUGCCUGUCUCGGGGGGUCAGAAGCCAGACUACGCCAAACCCAACCGAGACCUGAAAGUCCAGGCCGACUCUGACCUUCGGAGGAGACGGCGGGAUGUAGCCCCUGGUGCAGAGGAGGCGGCCCCGAAGGACAGGGUCAUCAUCAGCUUUAACCGCCUGCCUGACAUGCAGGUCAGCGAUCUCCGUAGUGCCCUGGAGAGCCAGCUCCACCAGGCUGCAGGGGGCGCUUUGCGGAUGGUCCCUGGCCGCGAGAUCAAACAGUUGCCCAGGGCCCUGGAAGAGCCCUGAGCGCCUGGUAGUGGCCGCCAUCCUCCUGGUCACCUAGUCUCACCCAGCCACACCCAGGCCACCGUGAACCUGGACCACAAGUGGGUGCUGAAUUCCAAAGGUCACUCUCUGGAGUGGAUGUCUGAAAACUCUCUCACUGCAGCAUCAUUUUCCAGAAGGAUCUACAGCCCCUGUCCCACCUCUGAAACUUCUCUGGGUGGCUCUGAGCUCACCACAGCCUCGAGGAGAAGCAGUGCUGGUUGAGACUCUAAGGGGACGUGGCCUCUGCCUGUGUAGGGCCCCGAGGUCUGUGACUGCCACCUCCACUUCCUCUGAGACGGUGAUCCUGUGUGGCCGGGGCAGCGGCCAGCCUGCCCUGAGGGGUCAUGGAUUAGGGGUUGGCACCAACUGCAGCCCUGACACAGGCUGCCGGGAGAACCACCCGCCCACCAGACUUCCAGUUACUGUUUCGUUAUUUAUCUGAGGUUCUCUGAGUGUUGUAGGAAACCUCAGUAAACCCUCUGCCUUCAAUCUGCUUCUCCGUGAGUCCUGCCCCCUCCUAGGGGCCCCUCUGCCCUGUUCACAGUCAGCUCUGCUCUCCACAUUUGGUGCUUUCCCAAACUGUCAAUAAGGUUUUUAAAAAAUAAAACCUGGUCAGUGAA